AUGAUUAAAAAAACAGCACAUUGGAAGUCAGGCGCCCAUGUUGUCCUAUUAGUAAGGUUCUUGCUGUGGAUAUCUAAGGUGAAUGGUAGCUCAUGGCAAUGCACUGAAGAGCGAUUGGUUUAUUCAAGUGACUUUGUCCGCUCAAAGACGGUAUUAGCAGGUAGUCAUCAUCUCUCUUACAAUCUAUCUGACCCCGUUCUAAUACAGCACCCCUGCGGAGAACACUUCCCUGGAGGCAUUCCCCCGGCCCUAUACCUUGGGGAAAAGGUAUUCAUCAGCUUGGACAGAUUUGAAAGUAGCCUUUUGCCACUGGCCAUUUUACAUACACUUGUGACUCCACCUGCUUUGGUCAGUGAUGCUACAUUUGUGCAAUAUUCUCGGGUGCUUUUGGUAAUAAAUGGAAAAGUCUAUAUUUAUUUCUAUAAAUGGAAAAGCUGGUUAGAGACAGAAGGGAUCGAUAGACCCAUUACUAAGAUUACAAACACAGGUUGCUGCUAUUCUACAAGUGAUGCUGCCUGUAAUGAAAUCAAUAAUUUUGUGCUGGCUUACGACUUGGGGAAUACAGCUGAAGACAGCAGCAUCUUCUACUCGGAGGAUGGAGGUUACACAUUUGAGGAAUACUUCAUUAACACAAAUCCGGAAGGCUUCCUUAUUGCAGUCUACAAUUUUGUUUCAUUAGCACAAAUUGGAAUGCUCUACAAUCAGACUGGGGGUAAUGGUAAUGGGUCUGCUUAUUUCACAUAUGCUGGUACAAGCUAUAUGAACAACCGCAAGGGUGUUUUCUUCUCCCUGAGAGCCUACAAAAAUGAGACUGUUUUGAGCAAAAUGCCUCCUGGUAUGAGAGGUUUUAUCAUGCUUUGGACUAAACAUGAUUUAGUGUUCUCCUUCAACAAUGGCUUGACUUUAGAACCCAUCUCUGUACUUCCCACAGAGAAAUAUGUUAACUAUUCACUCCCUAAAUAUGAAAAAGGUGUUUGUAAUGUGGCUGUCACUUCUAAUGAGGUUGCAACCAUCACCAAGAAUCAGAAGCUUUUCUAUGGAACCCUGGAUAUAGUCUCUACAAAAAUGGUGCUCAUUGGAGAAAAAAACAGUAGUAAGAGCAUGACACAUUGUGAGGUGUUGAUGUUUGAUACCACUGGAAUGCUUACCAUCUUCAAUCCGGUCCCCAGCAAUGAAUCUGGAUUUUAUAAUUUUCACAAAUGUACUAUCAAUUUACAGGACAGGCUCAUGCAUGUGCGACCACACCUACAGCCCUGUCCUGUCGAGAUCCUCAGUGGUGAUUUCCAUAAUAAAAUGUACUAUAUAGACAUGAAGAAGAAACUUCAUUUCAACAUCACUUUUGUACCCAAGCCAGGGACUGGGGCCUUUCCUUAUGUCACUGUGAGCAAUCCACAUAUGCUGGGAUUCCAGGCCAAACUGUUGCAGGACGGCUACACCCAUGAUGGAAACACUAAAUACCGCCUACAGAUUACAGCACUACAACAGCAGUUCACAGGCAUGGCUGAACCUGACUUUCAGGAUGACCUUUUCCAUAACAGGAUGUCUACUCUCACUGUGGAUAUCUACAACAAAGGCAUACUUUGCAUUGACAUGCAUCCAUUGACAGCUCUUAUUGCAAUGGACUGUCCACCUACUAAGCACAUAAGACCUUUUAAAAAUGUAACAGUGUGCAGCAAAGAACUCUUACAAGAAGCCAGACUGCAGCAUAAUUUCCAUUAUAUUAUUCACAGGGAUGUAUAUGAUCCAGUAUUCCUUGGUAGACCGCACCUAGAACAGGAGGACCUUAAUGUUUCCUAUUCUUAUACACAGUUUGGAUGUCCAAUUCUCUGGUAUUAUGAUAACCCAUGGCUACCAGUACUUGAACUAUGGGAAGAUGGUAAAUUUGUGGAAUAUGUUUCUGCUGACUUUGUACUGUUUGAAAUAAAUGGAAUGCAUAGUUAUGAUUAUCUCCUGACUGCAUCAGAAGCUAAAUGCAUCUCACAGCCUCAAAACUGGAGCAGAACUUUUGAAAUACAGCCUUUCCCAAACCCACAUACUUCAUGGAAUAGAAUUACCUACAAAAAUUGUAAAGUGUCCAAUGAUGAAGGACCUUUAGUAUCAUCUUCUUUAAAAUACCAAGUUCUAAACCUUAAUGAAGAGAAUAGGGUAAUAUUUUCAGAGUACAAUGGCAUAUAUAUCUUCAAAGUCAUUGUUGUAGAUACAAUAUAUAGUUACUGUGAACUAUCAACUAUUUUUAGUGUCUAUGUGCUGGGUGCCCUUCCAAAAUCUCAUAUAAACCCUGUAAGUAUGCUGAUUGGUCUUCUGAUUCUCAUAUUAGUUUCAAUUUUGAUGGGAUAUUUCUUUCCUAAAUUACUUCAUUUGAAAGCAAUUAAAAAAAUGAAAUCCUUAUAG